CGAACUCGCCCCCCAUCCCCUCUCCCCUCUUCUUCCUCCUCCCAGCUCAGACCCUAAUUUUUUUUAUCCGCAUUUUUUUUUUCUUCUGGAUUAUCAAUUGAUAGAGAGAGAGAGGGAUUGAGAUGGAAAACCCUAGUUGAUACUGUUUUCGGGAACUCUGAUUGAGGUAAAAUUUUUGGAUUUUUUAAUUCUCGAAUUGAUGCUCUCCUGUGGUCGUUGAAACCCUAAGUACUCGUGAUUGGCUGUUUCUGUAAACGCCUUGGGAACUUUCAAGUUCCUACCUGGGUUUUGUUUUGCUCCUGUGAAUCUUGCUAAAUUUUGUAUAAAGGUCGGAUCUUUUGAUGAUUGGAUAUGGUAUAGGGAACAGAUUCUUCUACAAGCCUGUUCCGUUGGAACCCUAAGAGCGGCUGCGCAGUUCUUGACUGGGUUUUAUUUGAAGUAUCAAAAAUCAAAAUGUUGCUGGAAUCUCAGUAAAGUUGGGUUCUUUGUUGAUUUUGUCCUUAGAAUACCGUUCUCUUUUACCCUUGCAUACCCUAAUCUUUAAGUGCCUGAUUAUAUUUAGUUUCAACUGUAAAACCUCAAUAGAUGGCUUUAUUUGUUCCUAAUCCUUGAAAUUUGCGCAAAGAUCUCAAGGUCUCAUCUCCAUAUUCCUCGUAAGCUCCAACUUUUAAAAAAAAAACCAAUUCCAACAGUUGAGGAGGUUCCAAUCCAUGGCGGAUUCCGAUAAUGAAUCCGGAGGCCACAAUGCUGGAGGGAACAGUGACUUUUCAUCCCCGAGAGAGCAAGACCGGUUCCUCCCGAUCGCAAACGUGAGCAGAAUCAUGAAGAAGGCCCUCCCUGCAAAUGCCAAGAUCUCGAAGGACGCCAAGGAAACAGUCCAAGAGUGUGUCUCUGAAUUCAUCAGCUUCAUCACUGGCGAGGCCUCCGAUAAAUGCCAGAGGGAGAAAAGGAAGACGAUCAACGGGGAUGAUCUUCUAUGGGCAAUGACAACGUUAGGGUUUGAAGAGUAUGUAGAGCCUCUGAAAGUUUACCUGCAGAAAUACAGAGAAUUGGAGGGUGAGAAAGGGAGCAAUGCUGCAGGUUCUUCGUCUUCUCAAUCGAAGGAGGGUGGGGGCGGUGUUGUAAAUAUGGGGAACAACGGGGGUGGAUAUGGAGGGGGAGGUGGGAGGGAUGGUGGUGGUGGAGGAGGGAUGAUGAUGAUGGGGCAGCAGAUGUAUCAACAUCAGGGUAGCUUUGGAAGUGGAGGAGGAGGAGGAGGAGGAGGUGGUGGUGGUAAUUCUUCAUCAUCUUCAGGGGGGAUUGGGAGGCAAGGGAGAGUAUAAUGUUUAUUAUGUGCUAUAUCAGAUAUAAUAUGAUGUCUUUUCUUCUUUUGUAUCAUCUCUCCCUUUAGUUGGUCUCUUUGUGUUGUUCUCUUGAUGAAAUUUAGAGUUAUUCUUGGUAAUUUUUGUUAUAUGACAUAGGAGUAGGGAUGUGUGACAUUGGUGUAGAUUAUGAUGUUAAGAAUAUUGGUUCCUAGUGUCUGGAUGCUGUGAUUGGGGAGGCAUCAAGUGUAAGUUCAAAUGUUGUAUAAUAUGAUUGUUGAUGAUUGAUGGGUCUUAUUUUGUUGGCA